AAUGAUACUAGUUGUAGUUAUCCUGCUAGCUGAUACUAGCACCAUUCAUCAGUACGCGGUCUGUCCUUGCCAAGCAUGACACUAGCCAGUUUGCUAACGUGCUUUCCUUUGUACCUGUCUAACGUUAGCUAAAUUAAUUACUUAUUUUAAAAUGUUGAUCGCAUAAAAUGUGUAAUUCGUAUUUAAGUUUUUGUAGACAGUCAUGUCAAAAUCUAUUCGUAGUAAGAGGCUCACCACGAUAGCAAGCUAGCCUAAUAGCUAAUCGUGCUAAGGGGGCAUGCGCGCGUUGGGUUCGAUUUUCUGACGACUGGGGAAAAGGUGGUUGCCAUGGAAGCGGAGGGCUUUGGAGAACUCCUGCAGCAGGCAGAGCAGCUUGCAGCAGAGACUGAGGCCGUGUCUGAGCUUCCUCAUGUUGAGAGGAACCUUCAGGAGAUCCAGCAGGCUGGAGAGAGGCUACGCUCCCGCACCUUAACUCGAACAUCACAAGAUGCUGCUGACGUGAAAGCGUCCAUCCUCCUUGGGUCCAGAGGCCUGGACAUCUUCCACAUCUCCCAGCGUCUGGAGAGCCUGAGUGCUGCCACCACCUUUGAACCUCUAGAGCCAGUGAAGGACACUGACAUCCAGGGCUUUCUGAAGAAUGAGAGGGACAAUGCGCUGCUCUCUGCCAUCGAGGAGUCACGUCGCAGGACGUUCCUCUUGGCAGAGGAGUACCACCGCGAGUCCAUGCUGGUUCAGUGGGAGCAGGUGAAGCAGAGAGUACUGCACACCCUGUUGGGAGCAGGGGAAGAUGCUCUGGACUUCAGCCAAGACAUAGAGCCCAGCUUUGUGAGUGACGCAGGAGUUCCUGGACGGAGUGCUCUUGACAGCGUGGAGGUGGCCUAUGGACGACAGAUCUACGUUUUUAAUGAGAAGAUAGUGAAUGGACAUGUCCAGCCCAACCUGGGAGACCUCUGUGCCUCAGUGGCAGACAGCCUGGAUGACAAGAAUGUGUCGGACAUGUGGUUAAUGGUGAAGCAGAUGACAGACGUGCUGCUGGUCCCAGCCAAAGACACGCUGAAGAGCCGCACGGCCUUGGACAUGCAGAUGGCUUUCGUCACGCAGGCCCUGCAGUUCCUGCAGAACAGCUAUAAGAACUACACCAUGGUGACGGUGUUUGGGAACCUGCACCAGGCCCAGCUAGGAGGAGUCCCUGGCACCUAUCAGCUGGUGCGCAGCUUCCUCAACAUCAAACUGCCAGGGCCUCUGCCAGGCAUGCAGGAUGGUGAGGUGGAGGGUCACCCAGUCUGGGCUCUGAUCUACUACUGCCUGCGCUGUGGGGACCUGGGGGCUGCCAUGCAGGUGGUGAACCGGGCUCAGCACCAGCUGGGAGACUUCAAGACCUGGUUCCAGGAGUACAUGAACAGCCCUGACAGACGCCUGGCCCCCGCCACAGAGAACAAGCUGCGUCUCCACUACCGCAGAGUGCUGAGGAACUGUGCUGACCCCUACAAGAGGGCCGUCUACUGCCUCAUUGGGAAGUGUGACAUCGCAGACAACCAUGGAGAGGUGGCCGACAAGACCGAGGACUACCUGUGGCUUAAGCUCAACCAGGUGUGCUUCGAUGACGACGGCAGCAGUGCUCCUCAGGAUAGACUGACAUUGGCCCAGCUACAGAAACAGCUUCUAGAGGACUACGGAGAGUCCCACUUCUCGGCCAGCCAACAGCCGUUCCUGUACUUCCAGGUGCUGUUCCUCACGGCCCAGUUUGAGGCUGCUGUGGCCUUCCUGUUCCGGGUGGAGCGUCUACGCAGUCAUGCAGUUCACGUGGCUCUGGUUCUCUACGAGCUACGGCUGCUGCUCAAGUCAUCAGGGCAGAGCGCACAACUGUUGAGUCAGGAAGCUGGGGACCCCCCUAUGGUGCGUCGGCUCAACUUCAUCCGGCUGCUCAUGCUCUACACGCGCAAGUUUGAGUCCACAGACCCCCGGGAGGCUCUACAGUACUUCUACUUCCUACGGAAUGAAAAAAACAACCAAGGAGAGAACAUGUUCAUGUGCUGUGUUAGCGAGCUGGUGAUUGAGAGUCGAGAGUUUGACAUGCUUCUGGGAAGACUGGAAAAAGAUGGCAGCAGAAAGCCUGGAGUGAUUGAUAAAUUUGCCGGAGACACUCGAGCCAUUAUCACAAAAGUGGCGCUGGAGGCUGAGAACAAGGGCCUGUUUGAGGAAGCAGUAAGACUGUAUGAGCUGGCCAAGAAUCCAGACAAGGUCUUAGAGCUGAUGAACAGGCUGCUGAGUCCUGUUAUCGCCCAAGUCAGCGCUGCCCAGUCCAACAAGGAGAGACUGAAGAACACUGCUGUUGCCAUCGCUGAGCGGUACCGGAACCAGGGUGUUGCUGGAGAGAAGUCUGCAGACAGCACCUUCUACCUGCUGCUGGACCUCAUGACCUUCUUUGAUGAGUACCAUGCUGGAAACAUAGACCGGGCCUACGAUGUGAUGGAGAGACUGAAGCUGGUCCCUCUGAGUCAAGACAGUGUGGAAGAAAGGGUUGCUGCAUUUCGCAAUUUCAGUGAUGAGGUCAGGCAUAAUCUGUCAGAGGUACUCCUGGCCACCAUGAAUAUCCUGUUCACGCAGUGCAAGCGCCUGAAGGGGGCCGCAGCAGGAACCCCUGGUCGACCACAGAGGUCCAUGGAGGACAGAGACUCGCAGCUGCGCAGCCAAGCCCGUGCACUGAUCACGUUUGCUGGGAUUAUCCCGUACCGCAUGGCAGGCGACACCAAUGCCCGGCUGGUGCAGAUGGAGGUCCUGAUGAACUGACCCCAAAAUACCUUCAAGCCCCAGCCAUACCCACCCUUUUCAUCAACUGUCAGAUUUUGUUUUGCUUCGUCCCCAUUUUAUGUUUCUUUGUCCUUAUUCGUUGCUCCAUAUUUGUAUUUUUUUUUUCAAAAAAUUAAAUAAAAUGUCAGUUAAAUUUAA